GAUGUCUCAUGCGCCCUGGGCUACUUCCCCUGCGGCAACACCACCAAAUGCUUGCCUCAGCUGCUCCACUGUAAUGGCGUGGACGACUGUGGGAACCAGGAGGACGAGGACAACUGUGGUGACAACAAUGGAUGGUCUAUGCAACUUGACAAAUACUUUGCCAAUUACUACAAAAUGACUUCCUGGUAUCCUUUUGUGGCAGAAACAUCUGAAUGCUCUUUUUGUUUCUUUCUUUUCAUUACCCUCCUGUUCCUGGUCCCUCAUCAUCCCCAUUCCUUACUGCUUCCUCUUUAUUCAGUGGUCGGUUCUGUGCCCGUGCAAUGUCUUUGCCGAGGUUUAGAGCUUGAUUGUGAUGAGACCAAUUUACGAGCUGUUCCAUCAGUUUCUUCAAACGUGACUUUAAUGUCACUCAAGUGGAACUUAAUAAGGAAACUUCCUCCUGAUGGCUUUAAGAAGUACCAUGAUCUUCAGAAGCUGUGCCUGCAAAACAAUAAGAUUAGAUCCGUAUCUGUCUAUGCUUUCCGAGGACUCUACAGUCUUACUAAACUGUAUCUCAGUCAUAACAGAAUAACCUUCUUGAAGCCGGGUGUUUUUGAAGAUCUCCACAGACUAGAGUGGCUGAUAAUUGAAGAGAAUCAUCUCAGUCGAAUUUCCCCACUAACAUUUUAUGGACUAAAUUCUCUUAUUCUCCUAGCACUGAUGAACAACGUCCUUACCCGCUUGCCUGACAAACCUCUUUGUCAGCACAUGCCCAGGCUGCACUGGCUGGACUUUGAAGGCAACCAUAUCCAUAAUUUAAGGAAUUUGACUUUUAUUUCCUGCAGUAAUUUAACUGUUUUGGUAAUGAGGAAAAACAAAAUUAAUCACCUCAGUGAAAACACGUUUGCACCGCUCCAGAAACUAGAUGAAUUGGAUUUAGGAAGUAAUAAGAUUGAAAAUCUUUCACCACUUGUCUUUAAGGAUCUGAAGGAGCUCUCACAGUUGAAUCUUUCCUAUAACCCAAUCCAGAAAAUUCAAGCAAACCAAUUUGAUUACCUUGUCAAACUCAAGUCUCUCAGCCUAGAAGGAAUUGAAAUUUCAAAUAUCCAACAAAGGAUGUUUAGACCUCUCACGAAUCUCUCUCACAUCUAUUUUAAGAAGUUCCAGUACUGUGGCUAUGCACCGCAUGUUCGCAGCUGUAAACCAAACACUGAUGGAAUCUCAUCUUUAGAGGAUCUCUUGGCGAGCAUUAUUCAGAGAGUAUUCGUCUGGGUUGUGUCUGCAGUUACGUGCUUUGGAAACAUCUUUGUCAUCUGUAUGCGACCUUAUAUCAGAUCUGAGAACAAGCUGCAUGCCAUGUCAAUCAUUUCCCUCUGUUGUGCCGACUGCCUGAUGGGAAUCUAUUUGUUUGUGAUCGGAGCCUUUGACCUGAAGUUUCGAGGAGAAUACAACAAGCACGCACAGCUGUGGAUGGAGAGUAUUCAUUGCCAGCUUCUGGGGUCCCUGGCCAUUCUGUCCACAGAAGUAUCAGUGUUACUUUUAACAUUUCUGACAGUGGAAAAAUAUAUCUGCAUUGUAUAUCCUUUCAGAUGUUUAAGACCUGGAAAAUGCAGAACCAUUACAGUUCUGAUUCUCAUUUGGAUUAUCGGUUUUAUCGUGGCUUUCAUUCCACUGAGCAAUAAAGGAUUUUUCAAAAACUACUACGGCACCAAUGGGGUAUGCUUCCCUCUUCAUUCAGAAGAUACAGAAAGUAUUGGAGCCCAGAUUUAUUCAGUGGCUAUUUUUCUCGGUAUUAACUUAGCAGCAUUUAUCAUCAUAGUUUUUUCAUAUGGAAGCAUGUUUUACAGCAUCCAUCAAAGUGCCAUAACAGCAACCGAAGUACGGAAUCAAGUUAGGAAAGAGAUGAUCCUUGCUAAACGUUUUUUCUUUAUUGUAUUUACCGAUGCAUUAUGCUGGAUACCCAUCUUUAUACUGAAAUUUCUCUCAUUGAUUCAGGUAGAAAUACCAGGUACCAUAACGUCUUGGGUAGUGAUUUUUAUUCUGCCUAUCAACAGUGCUUUGAACCCAAUUCUCUAUACUCUGACCACAAGACCAUUCAAAGAAAUGAUCCAUCAGUUUUGGUAUAACUACAGACAGAGAAGAUCUAUUGACAGCAAAGGAAGUCAGAAGACAUAUGCUCCAUCGUUCAUCUGGGUAGAAAUGUGGCCCCUGCAGGAGAUGCCUUCUGAGCUAAUGAAGCCAGCUCUUUUCACAGACCCCUGUGAAUUAUCAUUCAUUUCUCAAUCAACUAGACUCAAUUCCUAUUCAUAA